AUGACUGUCCGAUUUGCCGCAGUGGCCAUUCUCAUGAUGGCAACUAGCACAGAUGCCUUUAUGAUGACACCAUCCUCCACCACAAGCUCUACUACUAGUACUACUACUACUACUACUAGUACAAGCCUCUACAGCAAGAAUUCCGGACGUGCUCAUACCGAACGCAUGUUGGAAGAAAGCAUGGGCGACGAUUGGCGUCUCUUUCGCGCCAAGCUUGUCGCCCAAGAAAAGAUGAUGCUGGAGCAAAGCAGUGGCAACAACAGCAACAACAACAACAGCAACAACAAGAAUAAUGUACUACAAGAAAACAAGAAGGAAGCCAAGCUCCUUCAAAAUAAGAAAUCAAACGCGCACAAUGACGAAUCAUCCUUGGACAAGCAAGGACAACUUGGCGAACUCUUUGCCGGAGCCAUUUCAUCCAUCUUUCAUUCGUCGUCAGAAAAGGCUGCUAAGAAGCGUGUCUUGUCGUCAGAAGAGAACCUCAUGACGGGUGACAAUGUGGGUGGCGCCGUUCCCCUCCCGACUGUGGAACACCAAGACACGACUACCACCAGUUCCCUCCAAGAUCCGUUCGUCUCGGCCGCCGAAUUGCCGAUUCACAUGAAGUCGGCUCCUGUGGCUGUCAACAAACAUCGAUGGGCUCAUGACAUUACUCACAUUGAACCCGGGUGUGUCUUGAUUGCCAAUGAAAAGUUGGGGGGCGUCUUUCAUCAAACCGUCGUCCUCAUUGUGGACCAUCACGAAAAGACUGGAACGACUGGUGUCGUAAUCAAUCGACCAAUGCAAGGAAACUUGAACAAGGUCGUUACCAAUCAAGAAAAUGCCACUCUGGAUCUUUCCCUAAGACUUGCCUUUAAACCAGCCCCCGUCUCGUACGGUGGACCCGUCCUCCAAGAUGAAUUUGCCGUCUUGCAUGGCUUUGGACACGUCGAAGGUUCCAAGAAAUUGGCACCGGGUGUCUUUAUUGGUGGUUCGGAAGAACUCAUGAAUGAGGUUCGAAUAAAUAGAUUUGAUCCACGCAAUGCUCUCUUCAUCAAAGGCCACGCUGCUUGGAUUCCAGGACAAUUGGAUCGGGAAAUCAAAAAGGAUGUCUGGUACAUUGCUUCCGUCUCGUCCGACUUUUUGCUCCGAUAUGCCGGAGCACCCACUACCAAGGAAGAUGAUACCAAGGAUUUGUGGAAGGAUAUUCUUUCCUGCAUGGGUGGCAAGUAUGACGCUGUGGCCAAGAAGCAUGCUGGUUUGGGAGAUUUGAGAAUGCCAUAA